AUGACUGAAGCCAUGUUAGCUAGUCGCCUUCGUGAUAUCGAAGAAGAAAUGAGAUCUGAACGAGAUGGACGCUUCCGUCAGGAAAAAGAAUUUACAGCUUUACGUAUUGAUUUUGAUGAACUUGAGCAACAAUUAGAAGAAGCAAUAAAUACACGCGAUCGAGAAUUUGAAGCUAACAAACGUUUAAAACAAGAAGUUCAUGAUUUACGUCAGAAACUUGAACUUCAAUCAAGUGAAAAUGAUGAAAAUUUAAAUGGAAUUCGUCGUCGUUUUCAAGAUACUGUUUCAGAUUUAACAAGUCAAGUUGAAGCUUUAAGUAAAGGAAAAACAAGACAUGACAAGGAGAGUAAAACAUUUAUCGUCGAAAUUGAAGAACUAAAAAUCGAAGUCGAGUCAUUAUCGAAGGCUAAACAUCAAGCUGUAUCAAUGAAUAAAGAAUAUGAAGGAAGAUUAAUUGAAAUGAGUAGCAAAAUUGACGAUGCUAUUCGACAAUUAACUGAUGCUAAUACUGCUAAAUCACGUCUUGCUGAAGAAAAUCUAACUUUUAGUCAUCGAAUUGAAACUGUUGAAUUUGAAUUAAUAUCAUUACAAACGACUUAUAAACGAGCACAAAGUGAUCUUGAAGAAGCACGUCUUCACUUAGAGUCUGAAAUGGCUACCAAUCGUGCAUUACAAUCAACAGUUAAAACUUUUCAAAUGGAUUUAGAAUCAACAAAAUUACAACUUGAAGAUGAAAUUGAAGCUAAAACUGAACUACAAAAAGUUCUAAUUAAAAUACAAGAAGAAACACGUUUUAUGCGUGAGCGCUUUGAAAAAGAAAUUGAAGCCAAAAAUGAAGAAAUUGAAGACCAAAGACGUAAAUUCAAUGGACGCAUCAAUGAAAUUCAAGAACAGCUUACUGAAGUUCUUACUAAAGCAAGCAAUCUUGAAAAAGUUAAACUACGUCUUCAAGGCGAAGUAGAAAAACUUGCUGAUGAAGCUGCCACACAACGUAAACGAGCAGAUGAAGCCGUUCGUCGUAACAAACAAUUGGAAAAAGAAGUCGACGAGUUUCGACAUCGUUUAAGUCAAUUAAGUGCCGAACUUGAAUCAGCUUUACAAGCUAAUCGUAAUUAUCAAAGUGAAUUGGUUAAAGUUAAAAGCUUAAAUGAUCAGCUAACAGAACAAAUUGAUAUUAUUACACGCGACAAACGUCGUAUACAAGACGAAUUCGAUGUAGCACUGAAUCAAAUAUCCGACUUAAAUACACGUAUAAUCGACUUGGACCGUCUUCGUAAACAACUCGAAGCCGAAAAGUUAUCAUUAGGAUCAACAAUUGAUGAAUAUCGAGAACAAUUACACAUUGAAAUAACAAAAUAUAAUUCAUUAAGUAGUCAAAUUGAAAAGUUUCGUGCUGAUUUUGAAAAGAGAAUUGCUGAAAAAGAAGAAGAACUCGAUCUACUUCGAGUGAGCCAUCGAAGACAAUUGGAACAAAUGCAAUCACAAAUCGAAGAAAUUGAAGUGCGUUAUAAAACAGAUAUUAGUCGACUUAAAUCGAAAUUUCAAGCAGAAAUCGAUGAAAUUCGUCAUCAUUAUGAUUCACUUAAAAAAGUUAAAGCUGAAUUGGAAAAUCACCUUAAAAAACUCCAAGUUGGUAUUAAAGAAGCGCAAGAUCGGCUUGCGGAAGAACAAACAUUACAUGAAACAACACGAGAUGCACUUAGUGCUGCUGAAAAACGAAAUGGUAGUCUUCGCGGUGAAAUCGAAGAACUUCGUGUAUUGUUUGAACGUAGUGAUAAAGCUCGUAAAACAACUGAACUUGAAUUACAUGAUUCUGAGCAACGAUUAGCCGAAGCAACAUCAUUUGCCAAUCGUGCUAUUGCAGAGAGAAAGAAAUUUGAAGCCGAUGCCAUACAAUAUCAAGGAGAAAUUAUUGACAUCCGACAAGAACUCAAAAUUAUAGAUGAACGAGCACGAAAAUUAUGUGCUGAAUUGAUUCAUCGUGAUGAAGAAAUUCGUCAUGAACGUGAAAAAACUGCUGAAGCUGAAGCAUCGAAACGUGCCUUAGAUCAACAAUUACGUGAUUGUAGUGCAAAAAUUGAUGAAGCUGAAGCAUAUGCACGAGCUGAAGGAAAACGUACUGCUGCUAAAUAUGAAGGAAGACUUGCACAACUUGAAACAGAACUUGAAUUAGAACGCGGCCGUUAUCAAGAACUUCUUAAGGAUUUACGUCGUAAUGAAAAACGUCUUAAAGAUUUAUUAAGUCAAAUUGAUGAAGAACAAACAAAAGUUCUUUCACUUACAGAAUCAUUAAGUAAAGUUAAUGAUAAAAUGCGUAUUUAUAAAUCACAAAUAGAAACUGCUGAAUCAUCGGCUGCGCAAGUAUUAACACGUGCUCGUCGUCUUGAACGAGAACUUGAAGAUGCCGAAGAACGUGCUGAAAUGGUUACAACAACAUUAAUUCGUUCACGAUCUGUUCAUCGUGUUAGUGAUUACGAAUAA